GUCCUAAAUUGCGAACGAACACAUCUACACAUCAAAUUGAGCAUGAUUAUCCAUCUUCAUCUAACCUUUUGUCGGUCGCUUAAGCACUCUCACCCAUCUCGUACUUUCAUACUAUGUACUUGGGGCGUCGGAGAACACGAGGUCAUCGCGCAUCCCGAAACCAUCGUAUCAAUAGGCAUCAUGGAGCUGAGGUUAAAGAAUGUCCAAGGGAAAUCCCUCCCCGUAGAGAUAGCCACCACAUUCCCAGAGGAAGUUACCGAAACCAAAUACCAGAUACUCGAGUCUGGCGAAAUACCUCUGAUUGCCUCCGAUAACGCAGACAUGGACGAAUUUCACGAGCUGAUCAAGAUCAAGUCGUUCAAAGAAGCCUUACAAGUAACAGCGACGAGGGUACUUCCCUACAGAAGGGGGACCGGCCAGAUAUUUCCGACUAGAUUCGUACCGCCGUCACCAAUUAUAAAACCAUCCGGGAUAUUUAUUCCUUGUCUCCUGAUGACCGGUACAGUACCAGUCUGGCGCUGCAUCAACAGAAAGGACGCAGGACAGUGUAUCCUUUGCCUCGGUAGCGCCUGUUUCGAUACAAACCUACCCGAAGCUAAGGCAGGCUGGGCUAUCGUCCUCAACCAAUUCGAGACGUGGGACGACCCUACGCAUACUUUUACUUCCGGUCGCCUGGAGAAAGCUAGCCCUUUUGGAGAUUGCGAGCAGCAGACAAGCCAACGUGCAAUACUUCGAGCUGCGGUGGGGGCACUCCGAUACCGAUAUUGGCCCGACGAGGCGCACACGAGCAUAGUGUUGGCCACGGACUCGGAGUAUCUCGUCGAUAGCGCAACAAUGUGGGUUAAAGGUUGGAUGCGCAAUGGUUGGAAGACGAAUGCGAGGAAACCAGUCAAGAACCGAGAUCUCUAGGAGUUACUCCUCGGGGAGAUUGAGAGAUGGGAUGAACACGACAUUAACAUAAUGUUCUGGAAAGUACCAAAGGAGUGGAAUAAGGUAGCGAAUGAAGAGGCUAGAUUGGCUGCGGAGAAUGGGAUUACUCCCGAGGCGUAUUGUGAUGUCAAGGGGAUCGAUCUUUAAUGCUUUUGUUUCUGAUGGUCUUGUUGGUGCCCCGGGGAUGCAGUCUUGGUUCAUGGUCACUUACUCGAACCGGGCAUCACUCAUAAAGCGAAGAGUAUGAAUAAGGAUAGCGAAAUUGCCGAUUGGGUAGUUUUUCUAGAUUUAUCAUUAUUAUUACGGAUAGCGUUCAUAUUUUCUAGUUAACUUAUAAACAAAUAGAAAUUAAAUAAGGGAGUGAAGGUAUUCGGAGUCUCUGUUUAUUAGCACUUGUUCGCUAAAGAUGAUGCUGUGUAAUGUCAACUGCGGGGGGUCCAGCGUGGG